UGCCUCCUCCAAUGGUAAUUCCGUGUUGUUGAGAGGGUUCCUAGAUGGUGCCGGAUGUUAGGGUUUGAAUUUGUGGGCAGUUUUAAAACAUCGAUCGUGGGAAGUGUAAGUUGAAGGUAUAGGAACAGGAACGGAACCGAACACCGCAAUCUUUGGAAUUGGAAGGCAGCGCAGUGUGGCGCAUUCAGGUACUUUUAACCUGAGCUGCAAGAAUGAGUCGGAUCAGACGGAAGUCCUCAAAGAACCUGCCCUGCGUGUUUUGUGGCCUUUCAGAUGACUGUGCUGAAAAAUUUGGGGAGAAAAAGACCUACCCUGAACAUGACUUGACCUUGCACUACUACUGUUUGCUGCUGUCCAGUGGUAUCUGGCAAAGAGGAAAGGAGAAUGAAGGAAUUUAUGGGUUCCUUGUGUGUGACAUUAAGAAAGAGGUUAACAGAGCAAACAAGUUGAGGUGUGCUCUUUGUAAGAAUCGAGGAGCUUCCAUUGGCUGUGUGUUCCCAAAGUGUAGACGUAGUUAUCACUACCAUUGUGGUGUAAAGAAAGAGUGUAUUUUCCAGUUCACCGACAGCUUCAGGUCAUACUGCUGGGAACAUCGGCCUGUCCAGAAGAUUGUCUCAUCACAAACAGACUGUUCUUCCACUUGUACGAUAUGCCUUGAAAAUGUAAACCAUGUCUCCUCCUACCACAUUCUGCGUAGCCCCUGCUGUAAAACAUCCUGGUUUCACAGGAACUGCCUGCAGCAUCAAGCGCUGAGUGCUGGCUUGUUUUUUUUUCGCUGUACUGUUUGCAACAAUAAAGAUAUAUUUCAAAAUGAGAUGCUGCGUAUGGGGAUCCAUAUUCCAGAGAGGGAUGCAUCAUGGGAACUUGAAGAGAAUGCGUUUCAGGAACUCUUGGUACGAUACCAGCGCUGCGAUGCCAAGAAAUGUGUGUGUCGGGGUGGCCGGGAGUAUAACGAGCCAGAAAAUAAGUGGGAGAUUGUUCGCUGCCAGUGUUGUGGAUCCAGUGGCACACACAGGGCUUGUUCCUCUAUUGGAGAACUCGACCAGAGCUGGGAGUGUCCAGACUGCUGCAGCGUUGUAAGCACACCAGGGAAACGAUCUCGUCCUGCAUCGUUGGCUCAAUCUGAUCAACUUGGAUGUUUGGGUUUUGGAAUGGAGUCAUCUCCUAAAUGCCCACGGCUGUCCACAACACCUAAGGGCAAGGUACUCCUCAGGCAUAUAAGUACCCAAGAAAGGACAAUUUCGGACAUACUGCAUAAUCUCAGGCUUCAGAUAAACACUGAUUCUGUCUGUACGAUGCUGAUUCAAAAAGAAUGUCUUUGGCAAAGCUCACUUGAAUGUUUUCGCAACAGCAAUUUUUGCCCUUCGAGCACACUGCGGGUGAAGUUUACAAAGCACAAGUUUCGAAUGGAGUGCAAGCAGCCAAAUGGGUCCCUAUCGGAGUAUUUUGGUUUGCUUCUGAAUACAGUUCGGAAUUCUCCCCUACUAGAGGGCUCUGAGCACAAGAAUAUAGCUUUGAAUCUCGAAGCACUGGAGGACAACCUAUAUUUUGAAGCUGGAAGAAUGGUGGCAUUGGCUUUGGUCCACGGAGGGCCUGCUCCUGGUUUCUUCUCUCAGACUCUCUUUCGUUGCCUCAUCUAUGACCCUCAGCAUGUACUGCCUGCUGUAGAAGAUGUGGCAGAUCCCAAUGUUGCUCAAGCAAUUCUUACGAUCCAGUCUUGCCAGAGAAUUGGAACACUGAAAUCUGCAAUUAUCCAUUACUUUGACUACUUGCAGAAGACUGGUAGCCUGCGCCUGGUGCAAACAGUCAGCGAUAAGGUUCUGAUAAUCAAGGAAUUAUUGGCCCAUCAUGUCAUCCGUAGGGUACAACAGCCCCUAGAAAGCUUUAAACAAGGUUUAAUGACUCUGGGGGUACUAGAAAAGAUCCAGGCUCACCCGGCCAUAUUUUGGAGUGUCCUGGUCUUGGGACCAGAGAAACUAACUGCUAAAUCCAUGACCGACCUGUUCACUGUGACACAUACAGACCUCGGUGUAAAGCAGCAGAGUGAUGCUCUCGGCUUCUGGGUAGAUUAUCUGGAAGACACAGAAGAAGGGACAACUGUAUGCUCCUUGGAGGAUAUUCUGAACUUUGCAACAGGUUUGCCCUCUGUUCCGCCUGCAGGCUUCGAUCCACGACCGUCCAUCCGGUUUAAGCAAAUGGCACAGCCUAAAGCACGCAAAUACAUUAACUGCCUGGAAUUACCUUCCUUCUCCAGCUAUUUGGAUUUCACCAGAAGCAUGAACAAAGCAUUAUGUACCUUUCUGUGCAAAGCAUAGUUGCAGACUUUUGCCUUGGGCUUCUUCAUUUGAUUGUUUCUUUCGUAACAUUGCUUGGAGAAUAAAUGCUGCUGUGACUUGCUCUGUGGCCUCUUACUGAACUACAAAGGCCAACUGACCUUCCGGAGCCUUUGAAAUGGCACCAGCAGUAUUCUUUGCCAGACAAGACGUGGAACUGUGCAAUUUUACAAAUCUUUGCCUGCAAUACUGAGAUGAAAAAGCUGAGCUAAGCACUUCCUCAGGAGAUUUUUUUUUUUUUUUAAAUCAUUGCUGCCUUUUCUGGAAGGCAUUCUGCUUUCAUCCCUAUUGAGCAUCAUCAAACUAAAAAGGAUUUUGUAGUAUAGUUCUCUAUAAAUUGUGACUUCCAGAAGAAGUUGGUUGAAACCAUAGUUCAUACAGGUUUAAGCUCUUAUUUUCAGCAGAACAAUAAUGAAGUGUUUAUCUCUUACAAUUAAAAAUGAAUAAUGCAAUGAUUUGUUUUAAUGCCUUUUAACAUUUUAUACAUUGUAGAAAUCUGUUCUGCUGUGCAUUGCAGAUCUUCCUACUUAAGAGGUUAAACAAAAAAAUCUCUCUUGGAAGGCUUGUAACAAUGCCAUUUAGUAAACUCCCUUAUCCCUGUAUUGGGCCAGGCCAUUGGAAACUGUGAGAGGAAGCAGGCUGAUUUAAGCUACCGAUCUGAAUGGACAGAUUGGCUUUGUAAAAUAUUUAUAUGUUCUGUGUUUCUUAUUUUUGCCAAAUUAAUGUUUGUUGGGUCUAGGACGCCAUACAGUUGCCUUAGAAAUAUUUGAAUGUGUCGCUAGUUGCAUGCUACAGUACACUGAUACUGUACAAACUGCCUCUGUUUUCUGUUUCAGGCGGGUAUUCCGUUUAUUAAGGACACAGAGUAUUGGGAUAUUGUGUCAUUCUUCCUUUGUGUUUAUGACUUACAGUUAAAUACGUUGUGUCUGUUGGGGUUGUCUCGCUAAUUUAUUUAUUUUAAUGCUAGCUGUUAGUGCUAUUUCAUCAAUUUAACUGUUUUUAACACACCUCUAAAUCCGUUUUUUAGCACCCUUUUGACUGUCAUUUUUUACUUUCAUUGAGUAAUCCUUCAACUGGGCAAGACACCUUUCCCUAAGCCUCUUUGUUUAUUCCAGUUUUCUCUUACCUGCUGAAUAGUGGUGGUAUUUUUAAUGUCAAUGUUAGUGGCUGGUUAAAUCAGACAUCACAAGUAUAUACAAGCAAGUGUCAAAGGGUCUGUUUGUGCUAUGAGCUGCUUUGGUGUCAGUAUUCUACUUCAGUGCUGGUACAUAUGUUAAAUGCAUACAAGUGAUGCACAUUAAACAGGCAGUUGACUGUGCUCACAGUUUAACAUACAGCCGUGCAAUGUAUGUGCACUGAACUCAUGUACAAAUGAAUCACAGUAAAGACCCAUGUGCUAAAUUGUUGUGUUUUUGCAUCUCUCCAUGGCUCAGUGUUUUAUAUUGUACUAGCCUCCCACAAACUUCUGAAUUGUGGUGUUUAUAUAGGAACCUCCAGUCAAGGCUGCCUAAUGCUAUGUCAGUGUUUUCUUUGUUAACACUGAUAUUGAUUAAAGAAUCCAUUGAUUUGUCCUCAUCCUAGAAAAACCGUUUCUCAUCACUAUGACCUAUUACAUUUGUGUCAUUCUGCACUGCUGAAAGUAAGGAAAGCUUAUAGGGUAUAAUUAAAUGCAUUAUAACCAUAUGAGACAGAGGGGAAAGGCCUUGGUGUGCAUUUGAAGGCAACACUUGCUAUUUAUAAUAGAGAGGUCUGCAACUGUCCUGGACAAAGCAUACUGAUUGGAGAGGACUUUGUAUACAUAGUUUUUAGCAGGCAGCCAUAAGGCUUAAGACAGAGUUAAGACAUCCACAAAUCAAAAUUUGUAGAAAUCUGUAUGCCCCCCCCCCCCAUAUUCCUUUUGCAUUAUACACACUUUAUGGAAGUAGACAUAGGAUCUUAUUUAUCUGAGUAACUGUAGCUGUCUGUGCAGCUAUAUGGCUGAGCCAUUGUGAUUUUUACUAUGAAGAAAUGCCCAGAACAUUGUCACCACUCAUAGUUAUGUAUACAUCCCUCAUACUUUUUUUUGUUUUGUUUGUUCUUGUUCAAAAUCUGUGCAACUUAAGAAUUUUUAAAUUCCAAUUGUCUGUAGUAUUUCCGAUAUGCAGAGGGUAUACUGUUAUACCAUCUACUGAGAGGCUUUGUAAGGGUGUCUCUUGAGAUUCUAUAAAAUAAACUUUUGUGGAAUGAUGACUGUAAUACCAGAAGAUGCCUAUUCCUGUAUUUUUGUAAAAGCUAUUCAUUCACUGCAUUUUCUACAACAUAAUUUAUAGUUAUGAGCUGUAGCUUGUAUUUGAUAUACUGCGGUAUUAAUACUGGGACAUGAAUAGCAGCAAUCCAGUUACAAUGUUAGGCACAACUGUAGUUAUUUCUGAGAAUUCUAUUUAGACUGAAGUGUCUAACAACUAUGAACAACCUACAGCCAAGGGUCAUAAAAUGCUCAAAAACUUUUCAUACUAAUCUAUUUUUUUUUUCUUCUUGUUUUGAUAACCAAUGUACAUAGGUUGUUUCCUGUAAUUAAAUGUUAAUGCAAUUAAAUCGAUUUAUAUCAAACUAUGGUAAAGCCUGAA